CCGAGAGAGAUCUCACCGCCACGUUCCGUCUCUCUCCAUACCUCCCCGCUCGCUCCCUCCCUCCCUCGCCCAAUUUCUCGGUGACCUCACCUUAACCGCUUUUCCGGCCAGGCAUCAUUGGUUGCCUCGAGAAGAUAACAUUGGGACAUGGCGGCAGUGGGGAGGACGGGGACUUCGUCGGAAACUUCUAUCUGGGGAGACAUCGACAUCUGCGAGAGUUACCUGGUGUGCUCUUUGUACGAGGAGGCGGCUUCGUUGGCCUCCUCUGUUCUGGAGCGUCUCUGUCGGAGCAAGAGCGAUCUCCUUGGAGAAGCAGGACAUGGUCUUUCGCUGCUGCAUGACAUGAUGGAAUCAGCUGGGAUGGUGUUCGUGCAGUCUUUGAAAGAAAUGGGGAGGACUGCAGAAAUUCUGCAUAAGCUAACGGAAUUGUUCGGUUCUGUUGCUGCCAUCCCCAUUGAAGUUCUCCAAAUUGGGGCCUGUUUGCAGAUUUCAAAAGGUUUUCCAGGGGUUCGAGAACUUCUAGAGGAGUUCCUUAGCAACUGGAGCUAUGUGGAUGAGAAAUAUUACAUUCCUGUCAAUGCAGAGGCAAAUGUUAAUUGCACGGAAAUUUGUGACGGACAUUUUGUUUUGGGAGUUGAUAAGUAUUUGGAAGUUGUUGACAUUUAUGCUCUGACUUUACUGGCUAGAAUUUUGGGUGAAUUUGAACUGGCCAUAAGUUGGGUUGAGAAAGCUGCAUUGCCCAAGGAUAAGAGGCAGGACUUGCUCAGAAGGUUGCAUUCGCUAUAUGCUAUCAAGGCCACUAGCUUAUCACAAGGUCCCCUGUCAUGUAUGCUAAAUGAGCAUGAAGUUCCUUUAAUAGGAGAAGCGAAUGCAUCAGAAGAAUAUAUUAGAUCCAUAGAACAGAAAAGCAUGCCAAACAGAGAAGAUGAUCGGAAAUUAGCAAUUCUGAAGUUGUAUGCACAAGGCAAGCCUUGUUUCUGGUUAUUUCGGUCAAUCAAUGUGAGAUUUGGCAAUUUUCGGUUAGUCCUAUCUAAUGGGAAGAUCUUGCUGGGAUGCCUGAUGCUGCUCGCAUAUUUCAUUGUGCGAAGAAAGCGAUCUGCCUUGAAUAGGUAACUUGUCUUGGCUCUAAUGCAUAUUCGUGGUACCACUUCCUGUUUAAACUUGAUGAUUUGCUGAGCCAUCACAGAACGUAUUUAUGCAUAACUAGCAAGUACCACCUUCUUGUGAAGUUAAUGGCCAUAUAUACCUCUGUCCUGCAUCAAUAUCGAUUAUUAUGGAUCU